GAGUGAUCCUUGAGCAGUUGGUUGGUGCAGACGUGUGUGCAGUUUUUUUUAAAAAAUCUAAACAUUUCUCCACUAAAUAAAAGUGUAUAGUUCAGAUUAGUACAAAAUGGGAAAGGAUUAUUAUAAAAUAUUGGGAAUAGCAAAAGGAGCAAGUGACGACGAUAUUAAGAAGGCUUACAGAAAAUUAGCACUCAAGUACCAUCCAGACAAAAACAAGGCCCCCGGAGCUGAGGAACGGUUUAAAGAAGUGGCAGAAGCCUAUGAAGUUCUUUCGGACAAAAAGAAACGUGAUAUUUAUGACGCUUACGGCGAAGAGGGCCUAAAGGGUGGUCAGAGCGCUGGCGGAGGUGGACCCAGCAAUGGCAAUUUCCAAUACACCUUCCAUGGAGAUCCAAGAGCUACUUUUGCACAAUUUUUCGGUAACGCUAGUCCAUUUUCGACGUUCUUUGACUUUGGAGGCAGCAACCGAAUGUUCAACAUUCAUGAUGAUGACAUGGAUGUGGAUGAUCCGUUUGCUUCGUUAGGUGUAGGAGGUCCACCAAGACCAGGCGGUGCUUUCCGUAGUCACUCGUUCAAUUUCCAUGGAAGCCCAAACAGAAAUAAGGACAAACUACAAGAUCCUGCCAUUGAACAUGACCUGUAUGUGUCACUUGAAGACAUAACUAAAGGAUGCAUGAAGAAAAUGAAAAUAAGUAGAAAAGUUUUACAACCUGACGGCACAACAAAGAAAGAAGACAAAGUUUUGACUAUCAAUGUUAAACCAGGAUGGAAAGCUGGCACUAAAAUUACAUUCCAAAGAGAAGGAGACCAAGGAAGAAAUAAAAUUCCAGCCGAUAUUGUCUUCAUCAUAAGAGAUAAACCCCACCCACUAUUUAAAAGGGAAGGUAGUGACAUCAGAUACACUGCUAAAGUCACACUCAAACAGGCAUUAUGUGGUUGCACUAUAGAAGUACCAACAUUGUCUGGUGAUAAGUUUCCUCUUCAUUUUACUAAUGAAACCAUAAAACCAACCACUGUGAAACACAUCCCAGGCUAUGGUCUUCCACUUCCCAAAGAACCAUCAAGACGUGGUGAUCUAUUAGUCAGCUUUGAUAUCAAAUUUCCUGAUCAUUUGUCAUCAUCAAUUAAAGAUAUAUUGUAUGAUACUCUUCCUAAUUAAUUUUUUAAUUUUUAAGUUUUAGUAUGAAUGAAGUUUGUACGUUUUAGUACAUUGGUGUGACUGUUUUAUUAAUAUAAAGCAAUAUUAAUGUAAAUAAUGCUUGUACACUUGUUGACAUUGAAAUUUAAGAAUAGUUUUUGUUUAUUAUUAUUGGCAUCAGAUACUUUUUAUUACUCAUACUUUUUUUUGUGUACAAGAUUCAUAGUUUGUUUUGGUACAUACUAUAUAUAUAUAUAUACAUAUAUACGUAUAUAUAGAUUUGUUGUAAAUUAUUUUAGUAUUAAGCAAAUGUGUUAAUAAAUUAUUUUUUUACCUAUA